CUCUGCGUGACGCGGGCCUCGCGCCCCGCGCCCACCAUGUCCUACCCGCAGGGCUACCUGUACCAAGCGCCCGGCUCGCUGGCGCUCUACUCGUGCCCCGCGUACGGCGCGUCCGCGCUGGCGGCGCCGCGCAGCGAGGAGCUGGCGCGCUCGGCGUCCGGCUCCGCGUUCAGUCCGUACCCGGGCUCGGCGGCCUUCACAGCGCAGGCGGCAACCGGCUUCGGCAGCCCGUUGCAGUACUCCGCAGACGCCGCCGCGGCAGCUGCCGCGGGCUUCCCGUCCUACAUGGGCUCGCCAUACGACACGCACACCACCGGCAUGACUGGCGCCAUCAGCUACCACCCAUAUGGCAGCGCGGCCUACCCAUACCAGCUCAACGACCCAGCAUACCGCAAGAACGCCACGCGGGAUGCCACUGCCACACUGAAAGCCUGGCUCAACGAGCACCGCAAGAACCCGUACCCCACCAAGGGAGAGAAGAUCAUGCUGGCCAUCAUCACCAAGAUGACCCUCACACAGGUCUCCACCUGGUUCGCCAAUGCGCGCCGGCGCCUCAAGAAGGAGAACAAAAUGACCUGGGCCCCGAGGAACAAAAGCGAGGACGAGGACGAGGACGACGGAGAUGCUGCAAGGAACAAGGAGGAGAGUCCCGACAAGGCUCAGGACGGCACAGAGACCUCCGCCGAGGAUGAAGGGAUUAGUCUGCACGUCGACUCGCUCACGGACCACUCGUGCUCGGCGGAGUCAGAUGGGGAGAAAUUGCCCUGCCGCCCCGGGGAUCCCUUGUGCGAAUCGGGCUCAGAGUGUAAGGACAAGUUUGAGGACCUGGAGGAUGAGGAGGAUGAGGAAGACGAGUGUGAGCCGGACCUGGCGCCUCCCAAGCCUGUGACCUCCUCGCCACUCACGGGCGUGGAGGCACCCCUGCUGAGCCCGACGCCUGAAGUCGCGCCACGCAGUGGCAGCGGUGGCAAGACGCCCCUAGGCAGCCGGACGUCGCCUGGAGCGCCGCCGCCCACCAACAAGCCCAAGCUGUGGUCGCUGGCAGAGAUCGCCACUUCGGACCUCAAGCAACCAAGCUUGGGCCAGGGUUGCGGACCUCCGGGGCUGCCAACUGCCGCUGCGCCCGCCUCAUCUGGGGCCCCUCCGGGAGGCUCACCCUACUCUGCUUCUCCGCUGCUGGGCCGCCACCUCUACUAUACGUCGCCUUUCUAUGGCAAUUACACAAACUAUGGGAACUUGAAUGCAGCCCUACAGGGCCAGGGCCUUCUGCGGUACAACGCAGCAGCCUCCGCACCAGGCGAGACGCUACACGCCAUGCCCAAGGCGGCUAGCGAUGCGGGCAAAACGGGCUCGCACCCGCUGGAGUCCCACUACAGGCCUCCGGGCGGCGGCUACGAGCCCAAGAAAGAUGCCAGUGAGGGCUGUGCGGUUGUUGGAGCAGGAGUCCAGCCCUACCUAUAGAAGGGCCAAGCUCAGCAGUUCAAGUAGGUGUCACAAUUGCUUUGGAAAAAAAAAAAAAUAACAGUCAGGAGGCCAUUCUCCUUCCCCAAGCUCAUAAAUACACAGAUACAAACCCCAGAUGUGGAAAUCCGGACCACAUCUUGUGCCACUGUAAAAGAGGAUGCAUACUGCACUCCAACCCACAGACAUUAAAGACUGGACACACAUUGUUGGGCAUAUGUGAAUCUGUUGGCAUAGUAUAGAUUCCCCAUGUUUGUGUUUGGAAACAAUCUGUUUUUUCUCAGGAUAUCUUGAUCACUUCAUGCCACGGUAUAUAUUCUAUAGGUGUAAUAGGACUUGCUGUAAAAUUUAUUUGUAAAAAAAAAAUGUACACGGUAGAACUAAUGUGAUUGAAGAACUUGAGUCCUUCAGAAGCGGAAACAAAUUUGAUAUUUAUUUUUAUAAUGAUAUAAAGCUUCUAGUAAUUUAUGCAAGUUGUAUUGCAAUGAUAUCUAAAACUUUUGUAAAUAAAUUCUGCCUGGUUUUUAUUUGAA